UUUUCCAUUCCGCCCACCUCCGCGCUCCGCUCGCCGCAGCGUCAGGUGAACCGAAACGCGCCGCGCCCGCCUCCGUUUCAAACCCGAAAUUUUCCCCAAAAAAUUUCCCUCGCCUUCGCUACCGCCCAAACCAACAAAUCCCCUUCCAUUUUGCUUCCCCUCCGCCCGAUUAGUCUCGCCCCCAACCAAACCAACCUUCCCUCUCCCCCGAAUCUCAGGUCUCCCGCCCGCCCGCCCGCACCCACCGGCCGGCUCACCUAACCCGCCGGCGCGGAACCCUAAUCGGCGGCCGCCUCCCUCUUCAUCCCCAUGGCGGAGCAGGACGGCGCCGCGGGGCUGAGCCCGCUCGACUCCGCUCCGGGGGUCAGUGCUGAAAAUGGGGAUGAGAAUACUGAGCAGCGUCAACCAUUUUUCUCCAUGUGCCAGCCAAUUCGCUCUGUUAGCUACUCAAAUUCGUGGGAAAGCAUUUGUGCUCCUGCUGCCAAUGAAACUGACCACAAUAGUGGCCUGAAGUCAAUGGCGGAUGAUGACGUCCUGAUCACAUCUUCUUCUCUUGGAAGCGAGCAACCUCAACCUGAGGGCAUAUCUGGUACAGUUGAUGGGGACGGCAAGUCACAUUCACCACAUCCAAUCAAUAAGGAAGCUAGUUUGGUAGAAGAUGCCAUGGAAAUGGAACAAUCAGUGGAUGAAAUUGAUGUGCCACAUGGAGAAACAAUUGAGCAGCCAGAACCCCUUAGCACAGAGCAGCUCGAUUCAAUUGAUGGAUGGAAUUUAUGGAAUGACAAAGAUAAUCAGAAACUGAUUCCCCUCAACAGCGAUCUGUGCCACUCGAAUAUUGGUGAAACUUGUGAUGCUGAAGAUAAGCAGUUUUCUUUGUCCUUUUCUUACAGAAGGCAACCCCAAUCUGUGGGAGCAGGUCUUAGCAAUAUGGGAAACACAUGCUUCUUAAAUGCAACUCUUCAGUGCAUCACUCACACUGUGCCACUUUUUCUCAAGCUUCGCUCAACUGAUCAUUCCACUCCAUGCUCAUGUAUGGAUAAUAAAGAUGGAUUCUGUUCUUUCUGUGCCCUUAAAGAACAUGUCGAUGAAUCGAUUCGAAGGUCUGGAUCUGUUAUAAUGCCAGCGAAGUUCAGAGAUAAUUUAAGAAAGUUAUCUUCAGAUUUUAGACCAGGACAGCAAGAGGAUGCACAUGAAUUCCUACGUUGCUUGCUUGAUAACUUGCAUAAGUGUACCCUUGAUCCCAUGUCGAAGGGCAAGGGCUCAUCCUUUGAUGAAGAAAGUAUAGUCAAGGAGAUUUUUGGAGGCCAACUGAAAAGCCAGUUGUCUUGCUGUGAGUGUGAUCACAGCUCAGAGACAUUUGAGCCCUUCUUGGAUCUAAGCUUGGAGAUUGAUCAGGUUGAUAGCCUGGAAGAUGCUUUGAAAUCUUUUACCAAGGUAGAGCAGAUUGGGGACUCUGAAGACAAGCUCACCUGUGAAGGAUGCAAUGCUCAAGUUUGUAAGAACAAACAGCUUACACUUCAUAGAGCACCAGAUGUCAUCGCAUUUCAUCUGAAGCGUUUUACCACCAUUGACAACUCUGUUGAGAAGAUUGACAAACAUGUGUCAUACCCUCUGGAGGUUGAUUUGAAGCCAUUCCACAGUAACCCAGACACAGCGGGGGAGCUGAAAUACGAUCUUUAUGGUGUUGUUGAGCAUUCUGGGUUACCCAACUAUGGCCAUUAUGUGUGCAGUAUUCGUUCUUCACCAAGCACUUGGUAUUUGAUGAAUGACUCCCAUGUUGAUUCUAUUACUGAUGAGAGGGAAUUAAAGCAGGAAGCAUAUAUUCUCUUCUAUGUUAGGCAGGGCAAAUUUCCAUGGUUCUCUAGUUUGCUAGAGGGCAAGGAUGCCCUACAUGCCGAGAAUACUCGUGGUGCAUCUCCUGUGUCAGUUUUGGAAAAUAUUGAUGCAAACUAUUCAACUUCUGGAGGAGGCAGUAGCAGUAAUUCUGGUGAUAAGUUAGAGAAAAAUGAUGCCAGGCAGUUAGAGGAGUCAGAGAAAGUUGAAACCAGCCAAUACAAAGCAUCAUUCUGUCCUGAGGAGCCAUCUAAGAGAAGUUCACUUGUUGCUUCCAACAUCAACAACACAAGAGAUGAAAUCAGUCCAUCAAGACCAUCUCUCCACGAUGAUGCCAUUAGAUGUCCCCGCAGUGUAGAAACUACCAAUCUGGAUAGGCCGUCUACUCCUCUGCGCUCCAAGCGAUUGGUUUGUCAUAAUGAGUUUGGUGUGUUUGAGUUUGAGGACUAUGAUGAUGAAGAGACUCCUUUGCUUCCAGAUCGGAAAUUUCCAUCUGAGGCGAAGAAAACUAAGGCUGUAUCUGCAUCUAAAGCUGUGAAGGGCCCUUGCAUUGAUCAGAAUGCAAGACGUUUGAUGAGUGGCAUGCCAUCCUCAAGAAGAAAAGGUCUCAUGGACUGCAUGCUCACGCAGCAAAAUGCAAAUCAGGAGCCUCGUAGUCGCAGAUGCCCUGCAAGUGACCCUCUGGACAAAAAGAAAAGAAAGUUGGUUCUUCAAUGCUAGGUAUUUUCAAGUUUGGGCACCAAAAGUCUUGUAUUGCUGUAUAGCCUUUUUGUUUUCUUUUGCUACUCUUUUGCUGUAUACCUUGGUCUAGUAUCUAUGCUGUCCUCCAUUGCUCCCUAAUUUAAUUUAGCUGUCAUAGACUUCAUGGCUGGCUAGAUUGAUUGCAGGGUGCAGAAGAGCUUAAGAGUUCGUUAAUCUACUAUUUUUGCUUCUCGUGAUGUGUCAUCGCACACCUAUGCUCUAUAGGAUUUGCACAUGUGCCAACUGCCCAUUUUGUUAAGUAGGUAGCCGUACUUGGGCAGAACAGGGCUUAUCUUGUAUGGAACAUAACCAGGGAAAAGAAAUUAAAUUGAGUUUUAUCUGAAGUCUUGUUCAAUCC